CGCUCGGAGACAAUGCUGCUCCUAGCAGUAGCCAUGGCUUCAACUAUUGCAUCUCUGCCGCGAACUGGCCAUGGCCUGCAAUGUUUGUCGCCGCACCCUUGCCGCCGAGGAUCCUUGGCUUCGCCGCAAGCGACGAGAGGCAGCGGCCUUUUCCUUGGAGAUAGAAAUUGGAGGCAACGGAGAGGACCGCUAGCGCGACCGAAAUGUGCGCUAGCGGAUUCCUCAGUAUCCUGGAAUGGAAGGCCAGUAGUACCUGUUGUGCCGAAUCAGAAUUGGAAUAGCGUGGCUGGGUCAAAAGUGCUAAGGGAUACUGUGCUUCAUGAUAUCCGCUUGGAGAAUCGCCUCAAAAUUUUCUCUGGCACUGCAAAUAAGGCUCUUUCCCAAGAAAUCGCGUACUACAUGGGUCUCGAUUUAGGAAAGAUAACCAUAAAGCGCUUCGCGGACGGAGAAAUCUACGUACAGCUACAAGAGAGUGUUCGUGGUUGUGACGUGUUUCUAGUGCAACCAACAUGUCCACCUGCAAAUGAGAAUCUGAUGGAGCUCCUCAUUAUGAUCGAUGCAUGCCGCCGAGCUUCUGCUAAGAACAUAACAGCUGUGAUACCAUACUUUGGUUAUGCUCGAGCAGAUCGUAAAACCCAAGGACGAGAAUCUAUUGCUGCCAAGCUAGUUGCAAAUUUAAUCACUGAGGCUGGAGCCAAUAGAGUGCUGGCUUGUGAUCUUCAUUCAGGGCAGUCAAUGGGAUAUUUUGACAUUUCCGUUGAUCACGUUUAUGGUCAGCCUGUAAUACUCGACUACCUGGCAAGUAAAAUGAUAUCAUCAAACGACUUGGUAGUGGUGUCACCAGAUGUUGGGGGAGUAGCUCGUGCCCGUGCAUUUGCUAAAAAGUUGUCAGAUGCUCCGCUAGCUAUUGUGGACAAACGAAGACAAGGGCAUAACGUUUCAGAGGUGAUGAAUCUCAUCGGAGAUGUCAAGGGAAAGGUGGCAGUAAUGCUUGAUGAUAUGAUUGACACCGCCGGCACAAUAUUUAAUGGUGCAGCUCUUCUUCAUGCCGAAGGAGCUCGAGAAGUAUAUGCUUGUUGUACACAUGCCGUCUUUAGUCCACCUGCUAUAGAAAGACUAGCAGGAGGAUUAUUUCAUGAAGUCAUUACCACCAACACAAUACCUGUGACGGAGAAAAAUUACUUCCCUCAAUUGACUGUGUUAUCAGUCGCCAAUCUUCUUGGAGAAACCAUUUGGCGAGUGCACGAAGAAGGCGCUACUAAACCCCAGAGAUUCUCAAGCCUCGACAACCACUGAAGUCUACGCUCCUGAAUUUCCACGCACAUUUCCCCGUCCGACUUGAGUAUUACAAAUUCACGUUUGAGAAUGAAAAGAGCUUUGUUUCAGCAGUCUUAGUGUACAUAAAACUUUGUAACAUAGAUUGAAUUUGUACUGUAUUUAGGGAUUGAUACAUCCCAGAUUUUCUGCUAGUUGGUGAUACAUGAUUUCUGUGUUCUAACCACUUAUAUUUGAAUAUCCAGUAUGGUUAUUUUAUUGAUCACA